AUGUUCGCAAACAAACAGCCCGCCAGCGGACCCAGGAAAACCGUUUCGAAAAAGAAGCAGCUUCAAGACCUUGAGCGGGUUACAGGCUCAUCUUCCCGACCUUCUUCUCGCCCCGCAUCCAGGGUGGGUUCGCGCGUGGGUUCCCGUGUGAACUCGGACAACGAAGACAGCGACCAUGAGUUCGAUGCGGCAGACGGAGAGGAGGACUUUGAGGAGCUGAAGCAGGCAGAUUCGUCCUGGGAGGCGCAGCUCAAGGACGCUAUUGAGGACUUAAACGAGAAGCGCUCCAGCACUCGCGAGGAUGCAUUGACCAAGCUGCAGACAAUGAUUUCAAACCGCUUUACAGCCGAUGUUCUGGACACGCAGCGAGACGAGUUCAUGGACCUGCUGAAGAAGAGUAUCAAGAAGGGCGGCACCCGCGAAAGUGUCCUGGCUGCAAAUGUUAUCUCCCUGGUGUUCAUCACGAUCGGCGAGGAUGACGAAAAGAUGUUCACAGACCUGGCGCCCCUGCUCAAGUACACGAUCACGAACCACGAGCAGACUGAGGUCAAGGCUGCGUGCAUUCACGCUUUAGGAACAGCGUGCUUUAUCUCCUCCACACCCCAACCAUCCCAUCUGCCCACCUACGACCUCCUCAGCUUCUUCUCCGAUAUUGCCCUCUCCUCAGGCGCCUCUGUCAAUGCGCCCCAGAACGCCGAGACCCUCGCCGCAGCACUCGAGGCAUUCGGUGUCCUCUACGCCGGACUCUUCCCAGACCUCGGACCGAAACAAAUCACGAUGCAGGCGCGCCGGUUCUUCAACAAUAUCAUCCCCGGUGCAAAGACCUUACUCGAACACCCCUCGGUCGAAGUCCGUGUCGCCGCAGGAGAGACCAUCGCACUGAUGCUCGAAAUUUUGGACCAUUAUCAGCGCCAAAGGGAAGACGGUGAAUUCUCAGAUGAUGAAGAUGUAGAGGAAACAUACAAUGAGGACGAUCCCGAGGAUCUGGAGGAGGUCACAGGCGAUUUCCGGUAUGAGGACCUGAAUGGGUUGGUCGCAGCUCUGGGUGCGUUGUCGACGGACUCAAAUAAGCACCGCAGUAAGAAGGAGCGAUCGGCGGGUCGAUCGGCUUUCCGGGAUAUCUUGAAGAGUGUCGAGUCGCAGGAACGGCCUACAGAGUCACUCAAGCUAAAGGAUUAUGAUGUCGAGUUUGAUGGCUGGGUUGAGAUUGUGCAGCUGCAUUAUUUGAGAGACCGUCUCACAUCGGGGUUGCAAACGCAUUUUGUCCAUAACACAAUGAUCCACACAAUUCUGCCCUCCACUGCAAUUCUGUAUUCCCCAGGGGUCGGAAGCGGAACAUUCGUAUCUGGAUCCAGAUUAGCUGCUACGGCUGCGGUCUCGUCUCAGGUCGGAUCCAAGGCAGGGUCACGUGCCGGUUCACGGCCAUCAUCUUCUAUGGGAAUCUAUGCAGAUGCAGAGGAUGCCAAGGCAGAGCUGGACAAGGUCGACCGCAAGUAUCUGAAUGCAGAGAUGGCCAAGAUGCGACAGGUCCAACGCAAAAAGGAAAGGAACCGAGGAAAGUUUGAGGAGUAUUAA